AUUCCGAUCUCACAUUUAGCAAUUUACGUUUUUUUUUUUCACUCUUGGAAUCACUCUUUAAGAAUUUAUUAAGAAAUAUAACUGCCUACUAGAUAAAUAAGUAGCAAUAUGUCAUUAGGCUAUGUGUUUUAUUAUAUUUUAUCGUUUUGUCAUAUUUCUGAAUCAUUUUGUCGAACAAUACGUAAACACUUGGUUUGUGUGAGGAAUCGUUGCAUUAUUGUGACACUGCUGCUAUGCAGCAUGGUCAUUGUCUCCUAUUUGUUUGUCCCGCCAGUUGCUCAUAUUGGCCUUGCAGCGGCGCGCGAGAGCAUGAGUAGACGAGAGGGUCCCCGCGCACGCGCUAUUAUUGUUUUGACUGAAAAUGCCGUCGGUUUCGAAAACGGCGGCGAGCGCUUCUCCUCAAACCGAGAAACCAACCCACUAUACAUAUUUGAAGGAGUUCAGGACCGAGCAGUGCCCACUGUUUUUGCAGCACAAAUGCACACAGCAUAGACCCUUUACGUGUUUCCACUGGCAUUUUCUAAACCAGCGAAGACGGAGACCUAUACGGAGAAGAGACGGGACUUUUAAUUACAGCCCAGAUGUGUAUUGUACGAAGUAUGAUGAAACUACAGGAAUAUGUCCCGAUGGAGACGAUUGCCCUUAUUUACACCGGACCACCGGUGACACAGAGCGCAAGUACCAUUUACGCUACUACAAGACCGGCACCUGCAUCCAUGAGACAGAUGCUCGUGGACAUUGUGUGAAGAAUGGCCUCCACUGCGCCUUCGCUCAUGGACCACAUGACCUUCGGCCACCGGUUUAUGAUAUCAGAGAGAUCCAGGCACAGGAAGCUCUGCAGAAUGGCCAGUUGGGAUCUGGGGAGGGAAUUCCUGACCUGCAGCCGGGUGUGCUGGCCAGCCAGGCCAUGAUUGAGAAGACCCUAAAUGAAGACCCACGUUGGCAAGACACCAAUUUUGUUUUGGCCAACUACAAAACUGAGCAGUGCACCAAGCCUCCACGUCUAUGCAGGCAGGGCUAUGCCUGUCCCCACUAUCACAACAGCAGAGAUAGGAGAAGAAAUCCCAGAAAGUUCAAAUACAGGUCGACGCCCUGCCCGAGUGUAAAGCACGGUGAUGAAUGGGGCGAGCCCUCCAAGUGUGAGAGUGGGGACAGCUGUCAGUACUGCCACUCUCGCACCGAACAGCAGUUCCACCCAGAGAUUUACAAAUCUACUAAAUGCAACGACAUGAGGCAAACUGGAUACUGUCCAAGGGGACCAUUCUGUGCUUUUGCACAUGUGGAAAGAAUUCCUUCCACAGAGGAGACCAUGAGCACGUUGCUCUCAGCAAUGCAGUCGGGCUCUCAGUCCAAGCUGGGCUCCCAGCAGUAUCCAGAGUGUCCAAUCAACGAGUGGAGCGCCAACACGAAUUCCAUCACCAGCAGCGCGAGUAACAACGGCCAGACAGGAAACGUAUCAUGCUCUAAUAGUCCGACUGUAACACCAAGCUCAGGGAGCAACAGUUCUUUGUCCCCAAUUGGACCCAUCGGCAGGCCAAAAUGCUUUACUAAUGGUAGCUUAUGUUCAGAGUCCACCACGUCCAGUGUUUCCUCUCCGACGUCUAACUAUCCCAAAGCUCCGGGUUUUGAACGGGAGGAUCAGGCAAAGAACCAGAAGAGCCAGUCUGGGGAAAAUAAUCAAAAGUUAAUGGACCAAGACAAACAGAUUUUUCCUUCUUUUCAUCGUGGACAGUCUUAUUUGACAUUGUCCCAUGUCACGACUGAUUCACAGGCUCACGGCGGUGUGUUCUCAGUUGUGAACCCACUAGCGUCCAGCAUUACAUCGAGCAUCACGUCCAGCUUGGCCUCCAGUAUCGGAUCUGACAGUUCGUCGCCCACCACUUUAUCAACCAUGAAUGCAAAAGCUACGCCUUUUUAUCCAGGCAGCAAUACUGUGGAGUCUGUAAUAGGAUCUGCACUUGACCUAAAUUUUAGUGACAUCAAUGUUGCCUCCCUCGACAAAGAGCUAGAGGACCAGGACAACAAUGGCCUUGGUUUAACAAAUCAGAGGUUAUUAGGAGGCUCUGCUCCUGUCAAUAUUCCUGGCUCUCUGGCUCGGUCUUCCUCUCUGCAUUCCUCGUCAUCUCUAUCUGCCUCCCCGCUCAGCUCGCUGUCUCAAUCCCUGUCCCAGUCUCUCCUUACUGGAAUGGCCUCCCAGCAGAGUCAGCCACAGGCACCACCUGUUAAAACCGAGCAUGGCCUUCUAGGAACACCCACGUCUACACAGAACUCCUUAGGUCUGAAUGGCGGAGCAGGGAGUAUAUGGGACUUUAUGAGUGGCAGCUUCUCUCCCAGCCCGUCUCCAGUGUUCAGCAGCCUUACUUCCAGCACGGUCGGCUCCAGCAGCGCAGACAUCGGCCGGCUCCUCCGAGAACUGGAUGAAGCCAAGCGCAAGAUAAAGCAAUGGGAGGAGGCCUGGCACCAAGUCAAACAGGCCUGUGAAGCGUGGCAGAAAGACGCUCACGAAGCGAAAGAACAAGCUAAAUCGGCAGAGGCGGAGCGGCAGUUGGCAGAGCAAAAGCGAGAGGACACCGAGCGCAAGCUGAAGGAACUGCAGGGAGACUUUGACGUUUUGUGUCGCUCCCCCAACACGCCUCUCCUGCGCAGCUACGGCGAGCUGGACCAGCUCCCUCUGCCAAAGCUCCGCUCCAUCCAGAGCCAGCUGCGCUCUGACCUAGACCUCAUAGACGGGGUAAUAUAUCAGCUUCAGUCAAAGAAAUGUAUAGUUUGCCAAAAGCAUGAUCGUUCCAUUGUCCUGCAGCCUUGCCAACAUUAUGUACUUUGUCAGAACUGUGCGUCUGGUAAAACGGAAUGUCCUUACUGUAAGACGAAAAUAUUGAAGUGGUGAUGUACAGCUAUCCAAGGUACUAUUUAAUGAUUUAGCCCUUUGAAGAACUACUAAUACAUAAUAUUAUUAUUAUUAUUAUUAUUAUUAUUAUGCUUACAAUUUCUAAAUAGCAUUUUUUUUUUUUUUUUUUCAGUAUUUCAUAUAGUGAUUCAAUUGAUUUGUUUUAUUAGAAUCUAAGUGGUGUUUGACUGAUACAAGUUCUUAAAUGCAAUACCUGUUCUGUACAAGCUAGAUUUUUAUCCAUUUUCAUAAAGCAUUAAACAAUUUCCCCUUGGUAUUUAUAGUCAGUUGGCCCUGAUUUGACUGUUAGCAACAAAAUCAUCGGUCCGACGCCACUAUUGCUACUAGCUGUGUGAAGAGGAUUCAUUUCUUGUUAAAAGCACUUUGUUGACUUGGAAAUUUGUCUGAGGGUAUUUUUUUGUUUUUAUAGAAAUUUUGCUUUAAGCUGCUUUUGUAGUUGUUUUUUCUUUUUUCUAAGAUUUAUAUUUUUUUUCCCCAAAUAUGCUAAAGUAUGAAGCUUUUGUGUGUACUGUGAAACAUAAUAGAAUAUUUCAUUUUUUUCUUACUGUUAAAUCAUGGUAUAGUGUAUAUAACUUGUUAGUUUUCAUAUAAAAUAGUACUAAAUAGUAGUUAAUAUUACUUUCAUUGUUACUUAAAUUUUUCAAUCAAAUAAGUGCAAACUUUGAAUGCAUUUUAGGCAUAACCAGCAGCUGUAAUAUCAGUAAGGCACAUACUGUAUGCUAAGGCAUUUAGUAAACCGAUUUCUCCGUCUUAUAGUGACUAUUUAGAUAUACAUUAUGUAGUUGUUAAAUGAGCACAUGUGUUCUGAAGUCCUCAGCGACACAGUUAUUUUUUGUUUUUUUGGACUUCAGCCUUUCAGAUAUGUCAGAACAUAUAUCUGAUUCCUGGCCACUCCCUCUUAAGUGCCUUGCCUUACAAACAUUCGAAGCAUCUGUGAAGAGUUUAGGAUUGUAGUACAAAACCCAUCAGCUUGUGCAAAGUUCUGCAAAGUAUGUAUUUUUCAGUAGUACCAUAUUAUCGGAGCAUUUACCGGCCCAAUUCAGUACUAGCGUAUUUCCGAGAGACUUCACCCUGGUCGGUGCCUGAGCUCUUGAGGUUCAGCUAAACAGUCGUUCCCUCUUCUUCAUUAACGAUGGUGCUUUUUGGGUGCAGCUUCAUUAUCGUUGGAAAUGUUGAAUCAUCCUUAAUUUAAAUGUGUAGGGAUAUUCAAAUCAGGAAAUGUGUGUGUUUCUUUGAUUGCAAAAACUGGCUUAGUACAUUUCUGUUUAUUGAAAUGUGUAGAAUUGUAGUGCUCUGUAGUGUUUACAGACAGAAAUCGUUAGUGUUUUUUCGUAUCCAAAUUCGACAGUGUAAUGUGCUUAGGUAAUCUAAUUGAAAUGACCUGCUACUGUGUUAUCUGAAACUUUUCUUUUUCCUGUUCCUUUCAUAUUUACACCAACAAGUUUGUGCGGUAAAUUGUCAGGUACACAAAGGUGCAAGUUCUUUUUUCUUACGAAAUCGGGAUAAACAGUUUACUUCAAAAGGGAUGGUUAUUGAGGAUCUCAUUGUCCAGAACCUCUUUCUUUUUUUUCUUUUUUUUUUUCCUCUUUCUUUCAGCUUCACAAGGCAAAGACAGUGUAUAUAUGAUUUCUCUCUGCUUUCUUUCUUGCAUUGUAUCUAAAUCCACAAGGUCUGUAUGUAGCUCAUGUUCUUGACAUUUUGGACUGAUUUGUCACUGCAUGUGUCAGUGUGUAACUUUUGUUAACCAGCUGAAGCUCUAGAUCACACUGCCAAAUGUAUUGAGCAGACUUAUCAGUUGUUGGUCAGGCAUCACAGUCGAGCGCUCAAAGUAUUCAAAAAUAUUUUUUAAUGCAUUGACUUUGUGCGUAUCUUUUCUAGUUCGAUUAGCAAAGACAUGUUCUCGUUCGUACGAUGGUUGACGUAGAUAGGUUGAAAUGGAUCAAAGCAGCUCUGGGUGUGAUGUUUCCAACACUCAAGUGUUCAAGAGCUUUGCAGACGUGUCACUUUGUUGAGGAAUUAGUUCCAUUAUUUGGUUAUUGGACCAUAACAUAGGGUUUUGUUGAACUAUAAAAUGUGGUUAAUGUGUGAGAAUUCACACAACAUUUAUUUCACAAAUUAAGAGUGCGGUCAAAUCAAAUGUGGACUUUGCUCAAAUGAACCAAAGUGGUAUUGUAGUUUAUACUUGUUUCAAAGUUCAAUUGAAGUGGUGUACAAUUACUAUGUCAGUUUUUCAAUGUUUAAUUUGACAGGACAACUAUGCCAACUGCUUUUGCUGACAAUAUUAAUGGACUGAAUGCCCAUUUUUGUAGUUUCUACCAAAGACCUUUACUAUUCUUAGUUCUCACUUCAAUUUUAUAACUGCAUUUUCAUUUUAACAUUUUGAGGAAAUAGUUAGAAAAAUGACCAAACCUAGUACCUUAUUUACAUAAUAUGUGCAUUCGAAAAAUCCUAAUGAAUCACAAUUCUUUAACUUAAUAUAAAGAUUGUGUUUCUUUUUUUUUUUUUCUUUUUUUUUUUUCAAUUUCUCAGUAAAAACGAUAACAUAGUAUUGAAUUGGCUGUAAUCUACAGUGAAGGAAUGUCAUAGUAAUGAAUGAAUAUUUGUGUUAAUAUUCUUAAGUGGCCAUAUGGAUUAGUGCUUAUUUGAAGUAUAUAUUAUUUCUUUUUUAUACAAAUAGUACUUGCUUGUAAAAUUCUGAAAUCAGUUUUGAAACAUUAGUUGUUGUGCACUACUUGUAUACUGUCAGGAAUUUAAAAGAGUAUCUCGGCCCGCAAGGUGCUUUCUUUAGUUUCCAUUUGACUGGUGUUUGUUUUUCUGUCUGUUUAGUUGGGAUUCUUCAGAAUUUGGAUAUGAAAUAAGAAAUCUUUUAACUUUUUUUUUUUUUUCUUCUUGAAGUCUAUUAUUGUAUUGUCAAAUGUUGUCUACCAUGGCUGUGUAGAACUUAUUUGAUUGUGAUGUAAAAUGGGUCCCUUGCUCAUGCUAGUUGAAAUGGCUGAGACAGACAUUGGGUUACAUUUAUAUAAAAAUGUUCAAAUAUUCCUAGCCUUAAACCUCACUUUUUGGCUUAGUUACAUUUGCGUGUUAUAGUAAUGAAUAAGUAAAAAAUAUAAUUGUUCAACAGAGGAAAAAAAAAAAAAAAUGUAGACCUGCACUUAAAUGUCUGAUCCAAGAUCAGUCAUUCUGCUUGAUAAUAUUGUUAAAUCUUAGAAGGAUCAAGUCUCUUUGGAACAAAUUUGUGCCUUUUAAUAAAACCACAUUGAAAGUAUUUUUCAUUGAACAAAUGGGUAAGCCCAGCUUACGAAAUGAGCCGAAUUUUAGUGCCUUGGGACAUUUUAAAUCUGUAUUUCUCAAUGCACGAGAGUCCUGUCACAGACUUUCGAUGGACCAGUGUAUUAAAAUAAUACAUAAUUACUCUGCCAUGCCUUUGAACGUUUCACUUUGAGUAAUAAGUGAUUCUGAUAGAGAAAUACUUGUUCAUGUUGAAAGUUAGGAACAGUUAAGGUGUUUUGCAAUGGUAUUCUCUACCAAGGGUGUUAAAAGUAGCAGCUCAUCUGAACAGUUUAUGAAGUAUGACAAAAUUAAUGUGGAAUUGUUAUAAAAUCUAGUCGUUCCGAGUUUGGACUUUGGACUGAUUUUCUGUGUUAUUGGUUUGCUUAACAGUGAUUUUUCUGUACAAAAUUUCUAAUAAUGGCAGACGGUAAUCUUUAGUCCACAGCAUGAUCUGUCUAAACCCCUCUGUCUGCAUCAGCCAUUUUAAUAACAACUGUAAUCGAAGAUGACCAUUUAACAUUGAUGUAAGACCAGGCAUCUGUUAUUAAAGAAGCACCAAGGACUCUUGUUUAGCAAUGUGUAAAUUAAUGUAUUGGAAAUUUACCAUAAUGCUCUGCAGUGGAAAUAAUCAUUUCUUUAUUUCUUUUUGCAUUCUUGUGGAUUUCUUUUGUUCAUUUGUUUGUUUUUCUAAUUUUGUUCUCUAUCAGUAGUGUGAUUUAUUGAACCUAAGGAUUUAUGCAAUCUUGUAUAUAAGUAUUACAUAUGAAACUGGUUAAAUUUAGCAAACUAGCCAGGGGGGAAAACAAUUACAAUAGUAAACUUUUGUAAGAGGCUAAAAUAAUAAUAAUAAUAAUUAAAAAAAAAAAAUGCCAGAAUUUUUGGAACCACUGUUCCCUAUAAUUAAUGUUACGGUUAUUCGAACAUUAAAUCCCUGAAUAUUGAAUGUACCAUUCAAAUUAGAUUUAAAAUGGGUCACUGGAAUAACUUAGAGAACAGUUAAUCUAUAAUGAUGUAGCACUAGUUUUGUGAAUUGCGAUACAUUACAUUACAAAUAAAUUUAUAAGUUAAACAAGUGCAGUUUUCAAGUUUGUGUAUUUAUCCAUGUAACAAUUUGAUGGAAAUAUGAGAUGUAUUUUUCUCAGGGUUUUACAGGAGAACUGUAGAAUAGAGAGAGAUGUCCAAUUUUCAAAGGAAACUGCAACUCACAGAUUUAUUAGCUCAAAAGUCAAAAUGAGGAAAACAUUUAUAUUGCGAGGAAGAAACAUAUCCCUUAUUUUGGUACAGUAUGCAUCAAUAUAUAGAACAGCUUAUAUUCUAAUUAGUGUUGAAAUACUAUACAAUUUGCUGUCAAUAUAAUACUUUGUGUAUGUGUUGUCAACACAAGACCUUAAAACAUUUACUGGGAGUUAUGUGUUUAAGUUAUGGAGGCUUCUUUAUGGAAUAGUUGUACGUUUUUAUGCCGUGCAAGGCCAGAGAGGUUUUUCUUCACUAGAAUUACUUAAAAUGGUAUUAUUUAUAAUGCAUAAUCUUUUUCUUGUAGUGUAUCAUUUAAAAUUGUUAACACUUGUCUACACUACAGCAGUUAUGCAAUGGUUUACAGAAUUCAUGGAAUUAUUUUUGUCAUCAUGGGAAUUAAAUAAUUUUUGAUCUUUAACCUGG